CUGAUUCGUCGUCACUGAGCGAUACGAUGAAUGUUCUUUCUUCUGUCAGCUCGUAAGCGAUGGAAACCUGAGAAACCUCAGUAGAUGCCAGCUUGGCCCUGUCUCACCUGCGACACAUAUCAGCUCCAUGUUAUUUCUCGCGCCUAACGAAACAAACUGGGAAGAAACGAGAGUGGAAUAAAGCUAGAAAGAAGCAGAGAGAGAGAGGGAGAGAGAGAGAGUGAGAGAGAGAGAAAAUUCAUGCUCGUGAGCCAACUCGUAGUAAGUCGAUGCUCGAUCAAAUGUUCGGCCGGAGUUGACAUAAAUUAGAGAUGGAGAGAGCUCUCGUCCCGUAAGUACUCUCACACACGCUAGAAGAACAAUAACUCAUUGCAAAUUCAUGUUAGAGCUUCGUUCUUCUGCAAUGUACCUUCACGUGUGGAAUCUUUGGGCUCGUUAUCUCAUCCCGGUUUAGAUCGUUUGACAGCAUAACGAGCAAUUACUGGACAGCAAAGACAUAUCUCUAGCCGAUGUCUUCAGGCAUCAUCCUGGAAAUCCAUCUCAUCUGGGAUUUAUAGCUAAAUCGGGGACUGGGCAUCGUCUGUAAAAUACAUAUGUUGAACAAAGCUUUGGCAUUGUGUAUCGACUAUGCAGACGUGUUAAGUCAACAACAUCCGACGUUGGCUUGGUGUAUGUUAUGAACUUGAAUGCGUGCUUUAUUAGUUCUGGGAGGAGAACAGAGAGAGGAAAUCGUUUUUUCUAUUCCGAUUUCGGAGAUUUUUAAACGACUAGUUAUUCAGUCGCAAACCGAUAUAUUUCUUCAUCGUUGAUCGUGUAAAUCAGAAUAGAGAGACAAGAUGGUUUUGGACUUGAGUGGAAAAUGGAGAUCAGAAAAAGUGGAAAACAUGGAUGAAUUCUUGAAGGCGGCUGGUGUUGGCCUGGUAAUCAGGAAACUGAUGUGGAUGUUCACUCCAGAGAUUGAGAUAACCCAAGAUGGAGAAGACUACGUCAUCACCACAAAGAUGCCCAUGAUUACUGAUCGUGUGGAGUUCAAGAUCGGAAAGGAAUUCACCCACAAACUACCGCCAGACUUCAAAGAAGAUCAUACAUUGAUAUCGACGUGGGAAGGAGAUCAACUUGUCACAAAGAUUUUAUCGCAAGAAGACGGUGUGACGACGGCUCGAACACUAGUCGGGGAGAAGCUAGUAAUGACGCAAUCCAAAGGAGACGUCACUGCUACCAGAACAUUCUACAAGAUGGAGAAAAAAGAUUGAUGUAAAAUCCAGCGCCCCGUCGCUCAAAGCGUACAACUGAUCGCCGUUUUUCUCUCUGGAUAUUCAGUCAAAAAACUGGAUUGGUUGGAGGACUUCAACUACCCAUCAUGCAGUAGAAAUUGCGAUUAGCAGUAGGCAUAUUAAACAGCGUAGGGUUUUGUAGUCUUCGACAGCUUCAUGCAGCUUCCCCAAGAUUCAAGUGGCAUUUAUCGUUAUGCAUUGUGGACACGGUUUUCUUAUAUUUCUGCGAACUCAUCCUGUACAUGAACAUUGGAAAUGCAAAUUGCGCAUGAAAUAUUUUUUGUUUGCAUGAAAGUAGUACGGAGUUUUGUAAUGAAAAGAUCAGAUAUUAA